UUGCAUUUCACGGAUCAACAGAUCCACCAAGAUUCCCUUAAGGAAGAAGUAGAAGAGUUUUCCGGGAACGUCGUUUCACGUCGUGAGUGUGUCGUCGGCGUGUUUUAACACUUGAUCCGUUCAGAUUUUUGUGUCUCGUAAGGAUGCGAGCCUUCGUUCUGUUGAGCUGCUGUUUGGCUCUGGCUUCCGCACGGCCGGAAGCGGGAUACUCAUACAAUCGUCCUUCGUCCGGGGGAGGAUCCUCGCAUCAUGGGGGCGGUGGCGGCGGAGGUGGAUACUCCGGCGGCGGUGGUGGUGGCGGUGGAUACUCCGGAGGCGGUGGCCACGGAGGUGGCGGAUCCUAUAGCUCCGGAGGCGGCAGUGGAUUCUCGUCCUUUGGCGGAAGUGGUUUCGGAGGUUCAUCCUCGUUCAGCUCCGGUGGCUCUAGCUUCGGGGGCGGCAGCGGAGGCGGAUUCGGCGGUGGAAUCAGCAGCUUCGGCGGCGGCGGCAGCUUCUCAUCCGGAGGUGGAGGCGGAGGCGGCGGCUACUCUUCAGGCGGUGGCCAAGCUAUCAUCCAGAAGCACAUCUACGUCCAUGUUCCGCCACCAGAGCCAGAGGAGGUCCGCGUCCAGCGACCAAUCUCGGUAGCCCCGGCCCAGAAGCACUACAAGAUCAUCUUCAUCAAGGCUCCGUCUCCACCGGCGUACCAGGCUCCUCAGAUCCCGAUCCAGGCCCAGAACGAAGAGAAGACCUUGGUCUAUGUGUUGGUUAAGAAACCCGACGAUCAGCAGGACAUCGUCAUCCCAACUCCGGCCCCAACUCAGCCCAGCAAACCGGAAGUCUACUUCAUCAAGUACAAGACCCAGAAGGAAUCGAGCGGAGGCGGAUAUGCCGGAGCUGUCGGAGGAGCCGGAUUCGACGGUGGAAUCGGAGGAAUUGGUGGCGCUAUUGGCACUGGCCAUGAUAGUGGUAUCAGCACCGACAUCGGAGGAGGACACUCUAGCGGAGGAUCGGGAGGACACGGAGGAAGCGGCCCAUCCGCUCAGUACGGACCACCCGGAAAGUCCGGACCUUACUAAAUCUCGAAACGCCAAACCGCCAUAGAAGAAGACAAACCAACAAAUUCUGGCCUCCGGACGUAUCGCGGAUCACGUAGCUAGUCGAAUCAAUUCACAAACUAUACACGAAAGUAUUCAACCAUUCCGAGACCAACACUCUCACACAUACACACAAACAAACAAAUACACACGAAAAAAGAUUCAUGAAAAAAGAACUCUAAAAAGUUCAAACAGAAAAAAACAUCAACGCUAAAAAAGCGAAAAAAUACCACCCUACUACGAAGCAGUGAAUCAAAGCCAAGCAGUGAAAACAAGAGAGGAAAACUCUCACUUUCACGUUCGUAGAACGACCAUCAUGACCGGCUGCAGUGCGCUUCCGGUUCCGGUUUCCCGGAAACACCCGGAACGCGAGCGAACAGCUUCUUUUGUAAAUAGAUUUCCCCCGAUUUGAGUACCCUCCUCAGAUCCCUUCCAACCAGGGAUAUUUCCGUCCCUGUUGAUGGGGACACCGAGCAAGGAGCUCAUUUUCUUUAGAGCUGUAGGAUCGUAUUUUUACUGCUACCCUCUACCCCCUAGCCCUUAAUUGUAAUCUUGUUUUAUUUUUAGUACGAAAAAAUGCAAUUAAAACGGUGACAAAUUUUAAGAAAAAA